UGCUAGUCCCGUUCGAAUAUCAAUCCGAUCAGUAUAUUUUUCAUUUCGAUCAUCUUCUCUCUCUUCCUCGCGACUUACUUUUCUUUUGUACUGUGCAUAUCUAUUGUAGUACACCCACGAAUCGACUAUCUAUUGUACCUAACCUCCGCGUAUCUCUCUUAAAAUAAUAAAAUAAAGAAAAAAAGAUUUGAAUGUCGUGGAUUUGAGACUGAUUAAUAAUUAUCAGAGAUGUGUGAAGUUUUUUUAGCAUGUGAAUAAAAAAAAUUACACAGUCAUUAUUACUGCCGAAAAAAAAGAGAGAUAAAAACCUUAAAAAAAUAGCAAGCAAAUAUGGUGUAUCUAGAUGAAAAUAAAGCCGUAUGUAGAAUAUUAGAUCAACAUCCGAACACAACACAGAAGAGGUUGUCAUUUCUCGUUAGUCCCACACUAACGGCAAAGGAGUUCAUUCAACAAGUCUCGACGCAAUACUCGUAUGAGAAAUUUGAUCUUGUGCUCGAGUAUAACAAAAUUAAUUUAAAUGAACAUUUAGAUGAGAAACUUACAAAUUUAGGAAUCGAACUGAAAAAGCGAAACAUAAUUAACUUAAAUCCGCCCAAUAGUAGCAUUAAAAGUACAACAGUAAGCACAACAAUCAUCAAGAGUCACACAAUUGUGCCAAAAACAGACGAUAUACAGCCAAAAAUGAUUGGAAAUGAUGCCGAAAUGACAGAAAAGCAACAGAAUGUAAAACAAGGCAUCGCAAUCGAAACAGAAAUUUCAUCAGAUGAUGACUUAGCUUUAGGGGCCUCAGCGAGUCCAACAGAGAACACAUCAAAUUCACCGCCAGCAUUACCAGCACUUUUUGACUCACCUGCCAAUGUAUCAUCAUCAAUUUAUGAUAAGCCAACAUCCUCGACGGGUACAUUUAGACGAUGCAAUGACUUUUCAUCAUCAAAGGCAUCGUCAUCGUAUGUUGGUCUAGUAAAUCAAGCAAUGACAUGCUAUUUGAAUAGCUUACUGCAAGCCCUUUUUAUGACACCAGAAUUUAGAAAUGCACUUUACAAUUGGGAAUUUGAUGGAACUGGCGAGAGUAAAUCAAUUCCAUUUCAACUACAAAAGCUUUUUGCAAACUUACAGACGUCAAAUAAAGUUGCUGUAGAAACAACAGAUUUAACAAAAAGCUUUGGAUGGGAUUCAACAGAGGCGUGGCAUCAACACGACAUUCAGGAACUCUGUCGUGUGAUGUUUGAUGCACUUGAGCAAAAAUUCAAAAAUACAAAGCAAGCAGAUCUUAUAAAUAAUCUAUAUGAAGGCAAAAUGAUUGAUUAUGUAAAAUGUUUAGAAUGUGAGACAGAAAAGAGUCGGGAAGAUACAUUUUUGGAUAUACCAUUGCCUGUUCGACCAUUCGGUAGUACAAAUGCAUACGAGAGUGUUGAGGAAGCACUCAAAGCUUUUGUACAGCCAGAAACGCUCGAUGGAAACAAUCAGUACUUUUGUGAGAAAUGUAACAAAAAGUGUGAUGCACAUAAAGGCCUAAAAUUCAAAAAAUUCCCGUACAUCCUAACACUUCACCUCAAACGUUUUGAUUUUGACUAUCAAACACUUCACCGUAUCAAGCUUAACGAUAAAGUCACUUUUCCACAACAAAUCAAUUUGAAUGGUUUCGUUGAGAGUAAAGGAAAUAGCAGUAUGGAUCAAACAGCUGCAGCAAAUGCAAAUGUAACAGUACCAAAACCAAACAUUGAUAUCGUGUCAAUCGGUAGUGUAGAGAGUGCUGUAAAAAGUGAUGAUUGUAGUACAACAGAUUCAGUUUUAGAUGAAGAGGCUUCACAAUAUAAUCAAAAUUUCAAGUCAACGAGUCAUAAUGGUACAUCGGAGCCACAAGAUGAUGAUGAAGGCAUUGAUAUGAGUGUAAAUGGAGACUGCAAGUCAUUAAUGUCCACAUCUACAUCUAUUGAUUCUUCUAAUGCUACCGGUCCAUAUUUCUAUGAAUUAUUUGCAAUUAUGAUUCAUUCAGGAUCAGCAAGCGGUGGACAUUAUUAUGCUUAUAUUAAAGACUUUGAAAGUGGCAAUUGGUACUCAUUUAAUGAUCAAACUGUCUCAAGUAUAACACAAGAGGAUAUAAGUAGAUCAUUCGGUGGAAGUGGCGCUUUUAAAAGCUAUUAUUCAGGCUUUAGUUCAUCAACAAACGCUUAUAUGCUUAUGUAUCGACAACAAGAUCCAGCAAGAAAUUGUCAUGUAAUUAAAGAAGAAAACUUCCCACCGCACAUUAAAAAGUUAAUUGAAAAAAUCAAAAAUUCUGAAGAAACGGAUCGCCUUAAGCGCGAACGUGAAUCAGAGAUGCUCAAAUUGAAAAUUUACUUCAAGAAUCCUUUAACGAGAAUCAAAACAGACGCAAAAGUCUUUGCAAUAUCCGAUUCGACCCUUAAGGAAGUGGUUGAGGAUGCUUAUUCACGUCUCAAGUUGAAAUCAAUUGCACCAAUAGAAAGAUGUCGUUUAGUUGCAUAUGAUAAUCCAAGCGAUAGCAUCGAGAGAAGCUUCGAAGGUAUGGAAGAUGAGAAAAUUGGUGAUAUUAUGUACAAAUUACAAAAUCGUCUCGAAUUAAUAGUGGAAGUUCGUGAUGAAAAUACCGAGUUUGAAGUUUAUCAUGUUGGUGGUAUAACGACAAAAGUCUAUCAGAUUCAUUUAGACGGACCGUCUAUUGAUAUUGAUGGACCCUUUGAGGUUAGGGCUUACGAACAGAAGCCUGUAAGUGAGUUUAAGUUAGCAAUUACAAAGAAGUUGAAUUUACAAAAAAAUAAAAUGCUUUUGGCUACAAAACGCUAUGGUGAAAAAGCUUCAGUACUAAAUGAUGAUGCAACCGUAUCAAGUCAACUUAUUUAUGGUGGCACAAAAGUCUUCAUGACACUUGACAUCGAAUGUGAUGAAGAGAAAUUUAAAACAGCUGUUGAGGAUAUGGAUAAUAUUGUUACACUUUACUUUGCAUUACCAAACAGUAAGAAAGAAACAUUAGAAAAAUUAUCAAUUCCUUCAUAUGAGCCACCAUCUUCAUUAACUUCAAGUGGAAUCGAUACCGUCGAUAGCGUUGCUUUUAAUAUCCCCUGCUCAAGUGAAUGUAAUAGUGAAGAUUCAAGCUUAAGUGAUUCAGAUAGAACACUUGUAGAUGAUUCAAAUCUCUCAGCCAUGCAAGUCUCACCAUCACUGCCAACAUCGUCACGACAUUUUAUGUCAGAUCCAAAUGGAAAUGAUGAUACUGCAUACUUUUUCAAAGCAACUCUGCCAAAUCAUUCAUCAUCGACACACUCUAAUGGAAGUAUUGAUAGUGGUAAUGAAAAUGAUGACGAUACAAGCGAUGCCUCAUGUGAAAGCCAAAAAAUACUUAAAGUGCUUGCUGAUCGUCGAAUGAGUGUUAAUAAAUUGAAAAUAAAGCUACAGCCAUAUGUUAAGAUACCAAUGGAAUAUUUUAAAAUUUUCCAUGUCUUUGCUGCACAGACUGAGAAUGAAUGCACACAACUAAGUGCUUCACUUAAUACAGCCUUUAAGGAUGAGGAACGGUUAGUGAUUGAAUUAGGUCGUGCAUUAAGAAAGGGUGAAUUUAAAGUCAAGCUUUAUUACUUGAAUGUUGCUGAAAUGACAGACAUCGAGAAACUGCCACUCAUCUGCGAAUAUAUCCUCAGAGAAUCUGCUGAAGUGGGACAAACAAAGCGGGAAAUUUUGGCUCACAUACGUGGACUUGAUUCCAAAUAUGAGAAAUUGACAUUCGAGAAGACAAGAUUGAGGAAGAAGAGUUGGAAGAGUCCAGCUCAAAUAUUCACAGACGAUCAGAAAUUCGGUGAUGAUAUCAUUUUAACUGUUAGUGCCAGUCCUGAUAUUAUUAUACAAGAGUUACCCAAUGAAGAAGCAAAUCUUUAUGAUGCUGAUGGUGAACCUGUAAAUGAUGAGACUAAGUCAUUGUUUGUGAGACAGUUUUAUCCAUCAAAAUUAGAAUUAGCCAAAUGGGAUGAAAUCAUGAUAGGAAAAUUCACUGAACUGAAGAGCAUUUUAUCAAAAAUAUCUGGAAUCGAUGCAGAAAAUAUUCAAUAUACUAAGCUUACACGUUCGUUUGUAAAUACAUCAGUUAUGCAAAUAGAUGGACUUCCGUGGUAUGAAAAGCAAGCAACAAUGGAAGAUAAUCAUACACUCAGCGGUGCACCUGAUGGCUCUGUUUACUUAUACAAGGACAAAACCGAGCCCCUCAAGCGUCUAACCACCGAAGAACGUUUAGAAAUAUCAAAGAAAGAGAAUGCUAUUACAUCAACAACAAGCACGUACUCGCCACGUCGUGAACGUGGCCUCAAAAUUUAUUUGGAUUCGCCGAAGAAGCAAGAUGACUCUUAAACUAAGUGAAAAAAAAAGGGUGGGAAAGAAAUAAAAUAAUGAUAAAUCUAUUUAAAGCUCUGCUAUCUCAACUCUCUUAAGAAAUAAUUCUACAAAAAAGAAGCAACACCAGGCAUGAAUUUUGCAGCAACAAAAAAAUAAUAAUCAAAAUAAUUGCGAUAACAAAUGGUUUAUUGCGGGCGUAAAGGAAUAAAAAAUUAUCUUGUUAUGAAUAUUCAAUAAAAAGUGUCAUGAGCAGCCAGAGAAAUGCUUUUGUGGAGUUUCUCCUUGAGCACAGAAUGAAUCCACAACAAUAUACAUGAUACUGUACACGCAUAGCUAUUUAUUCAUCAUCAUUCAUUUAUCAUGCGAUGAAGAGAUGGACCCUUGGUACAACUUUAUGCUUAAAACUUUUCGAUUAAUCAAAUUCACUUUUGCUAGCUAAUCUUGCUUGCAAUUAAAGCUGAUAUUCUAUUCAGACUUUGUAGGACUUUGCGGUAAUGUCAACUGCCAAUUUAUAAGGAAUCCAGCAGAAAUAUCUAUGCAUGGGCGUGCUUUUGGAAACGAGGGGGGAGCUGAUUUCACGCCAUUUCUUGAAAUUUGACACCAAAGUUUCAAUCCAAAGGGGUCUGUUACUUGGUAUAUUGUAAACCUCUAUGCUGUUUACCAAGCAUCUAGACCCUUAAUAGAUCCUUUCGAUUAUCGCAACAAAAAAUAAAAUCUGACAAAAAAUUAUUCCAAGGGUAACAAGAAUAAGAUUUAUAUCAUUCGUUCAUGUUGAUCGUUAUCAUCUUUUUGUGUUUGGAAAAUAAAAGAAAUGAGUUUUCCAUUUUUAACUUCUUUCAUAUCAGUGAGAUAAAACAACCAUUUCUGUUCUUGAAUCAUUUUUUAUUGUACAAAAGAUAAUAUGAUAUAUGCGGGCAACAAAAUAUUUUACUUCGAGCUUUUUUGGGAUGUAAAAUUAGGUAGAAAUUUGUUUUUAAAAUUUUCAUAAGGGGUGUGCAAGUAUGUUGAAAUUUUACAAAAUUUAACGGUUUUUAUUUGAAAAUUUUGUGAAAUUUUGCUAUAGUUAAACACCCCUUUUGAGUUUUUGGUUGAUUUCAUGCUUAGCCUGUAACCUUCAUAUCAAAUUUUCAUUUAGUUGAUUGAAAUCAGCUGUUAAUUUAUUGGAAAAUGCCGCUUUGUGCGUGUUGAUUGACUUAAAUUAUAUUUUUUGAAUUUAGAAAAAACCGUUAAAUUAUAUUUGAAAUUUAGAUUAUUAAGUUAUGCUCGCAUAUCCUUAAAAAUAUUUAAAAAUUUUCUUUUAACCUAUUUUAUAACGUAAAGGAAUUAUUUUUAACAUAAUUUCUUGUACGGUCUGAAGAAAUAAAUGUCAAGGAAUGGACACUUCGCAAUAAUUAAAAGAACAUCCUUAAUAUGAAUUUAGACAAAAUUUAGUAAAAUUUUAAGUCGAAUGCGACAAAUUAAAUCAUCCAGUUCGUGGAUUAUCAAGCCACACAGUGAAGAGUUCAUACCUUGAAGACAUUAAGUUGACUGUUAAAGCUACAAAAAAAAUUUAAAUGGAAAAAGUUUUUCUUAUUAAUUAAUUUACAUCCUUUAAGUUUCUUCAUCUACAACUUUUUAUUUUAUUUUAUAUUUUUUAUUCAGACAUUUUUCCGACUUAAAUUUGUUUUGUUUUUUACUUUAUCAUAUCUAUUUUCAUGGAUAUCCAUACAUAUGAUGCUCAUUUUAAAUUUAUAAACAAAAAGGGAAAAAUAAUAAAAAUAAAUGAUGAAACUUAUUCAAUCUGUGAAAAAAAAUUAUACUUGUGAAUAAAAUGCUAUAAAUACAUUGAAAA